UCUAAUUUGUGUGCGUGCUCACAUGCUAUAUCAUGAUGACAAGCCAAGACGGCCAAUUCAUUUCUGCCGAUGAAAGUGCACUCACUUCACAAAUUCUUGCUCGUCAUGCCUUCGAUGGGAAAGAAACUUUCAACGUGAAGCUGAUUAUUUCUGUGGUCAAGCAUAUCAUCAGCAUCACAAGAAAAUCUAAUUCGGAACCUCAGAGAAGUAAUAUUGAAGGAGAUAAAAUCAGGAACGAUUCUUUGGAAGAAGAUGCACAGAUCUUAGGAGCUAUAGUGAAUCGGAUUAAUGAGAUUUACUUAGAGAUAAUUAGCAAAUGUGUCGAUGGAGGAGGGCAUUUUGUGACAAUGAGCCUCCUUGAGUCACUCUCGAAGUACUCAUGGAGUGCUAAGGUUGUCAUAGCUUUGGCCGCUUUCACUAUCAACUAUGGUGAGAUUUGUCUAGUCGAGCACCUUAACACCGAGUAUCAGCUCGCCAAAGGCCUCACCGAUCUCAUGGAUUUUUCUCAAGUGACCACCGAAGGCAACAAACUAUAUAACAAGUUACUCAUGAUCACCGAGCUUUUGAGCGAGCUAGUGAUCGCGGCAGAUUGUAUUAUUGAGGUGGAAGAACUAUCGACAAAAUAUCACGCACAAAAGGUCACGAGGUUAAAGGAUACUGCUCCUCAAGCCGCAUAUUGGAUCAUAUCAAGCCUCCUCACCUGUGCUUCGGCGCUCCUUGACCCCUUUGGCAGCAUGCCUAGCUCAGACAAGGAGAUUCUUACAGCCGUGGCUCCUAACAUGGAAUCAUUAGGACAGUUCAAGAACGAGCUUUCAAUUUGUAGGGAAUUAAUUGAGAGGGACGAAGCAAGGGAAGCGUAUCGCAAAGUGCAGGAAAGAAUGCUGUCGCCUUGUGUCGUCAAUUUGGACAUACUCCAAGUAUUGAUUCGGUCCAAAGAAGAUCGACCGUCACUCUAUGAUGGUUCGAAAAAAACAAAUGCACAUCUUAAUGAGUUGAAGUUCAAAAAUGUGAUGCUGCUGAUUUCGGAACUGGAGCUUCCACCAGAACAGCUAAAUUUUCUUCGAAAAAUUUUUGACCAAACAAACCGCAUGGCGAUCGAGUUCAAGAUAGUCUGGCUACCAAUAGUGCAAAAAAAUAUGUCACUAGCCGACGAGCAAGGUUUUAAGGAGUUACGCGACCAAAUGCCUUGGUAUUCAGUAGAUCACCCUUCGUUGAUCGAUCAGGCUGUCAUAAGUUACAUUAGAGAGUUAUGGAACUUCGAAAACACGGCUAAAGUGGUUGUUCUGAACCCUCAAGGCAAGAUAUUGAAUUUAAAUGCUUUACCUAUGUUAUGGAUUUGGGGUACUAAAGCCUUCCCAUUGACUAUCGACCGAGAAAAAGUGCUUUGGGCCGAAAGCAACCAAUGGAGUCUUGAACUAUUGGUGGAUUCCCUCCAUCCGCGCAUUCCCGAAUGGAUCAAAGACAACAAGGUCGUAUGCAUAUACGGCGGAGAAGACAUUGACCAAAUCCGCGAGUUCACGGCAGCAACAAAAACCACGGCGCAGGAGCUACAAGUUCCCAUCGAAAUGCUCUUCGUGGGAAAAUUAAACGAAGGUAGGCGAGGCAAUGUCCGGUACCUCUACCACCUCGUGUCGAGGGAGAUGCUCAGCCACAUCUUCCCGCCGGAGGAAUGCUACGACUACAUUUGGUACUUUUGGGAGAGGCUACGGAGCAUGUGGCAAUACCGAAAGAAAAUCAGCGUUGAAGGCGACGAAAUCUUGCAGCAUCUUAACGACAUGCUGUCCUUUAAGGACAGCGAGACCGGAUGGGCAGUUUUUAGCCGGGGAAACAACGAGACGGCAAAGGGGAAUGUAAUGAAGCUUUUGUCCAUAUUCGAUAAGCGCGAGGAGCUAAAGCGCAAAGUGGAUCGACAACCGGAGAAUUUUGUACGGGUGCUCGACGAGAUGGUGCGCGCCACCGAGGCCGAGCACUGCAAUCGCCUUAUAAUGCUAGUGAACGACAACAUGCCUGACCGCUUCGUCUGCGCCGACUGCGGUAAGGAUAUGGAGACAUAUUACAUGUUCCGUUGUUGUAACGAUUGAGCUCGCCGAGGUUUCGAUCGCUCUUGGUAUUUACCAUGUUUUGUUGCGUGGUCUUAUUUGUCGGAAAAAUGAAGCGUUACAGUGAUUUGUUCACACUAGGCGAAUCAUGUGUAGCAGAUGGACCUAGAGGCGUCGGAGUUUAAACCCAUGACCUCACGGUUACAAGUUCACCCCUUACGCUACAAGUCCAUUCCUUACGGGACUUGUAUUGAUAUAAUUCUUGUGUUGUUGUAUCAUGUGUUGUAUGUUUUUAUUGUGUGAGACUAUGUGUUGUAUUUGUAUUAUAUUAAUAUAAAAAUAUCAU